UUUCUUGAUACUUGUCGCUCCAAUACGCUCCGUCAAGAUCGGUGUUUUUUUUUAAUAAUAACUCAGUUUGUUCUAAUUGUGUAUAGUUUUAUCACAAAGAACAAACAUGGACGGUCCCGCAGGACCAUCGCCAUGUCAACUAAAAGGACGAGGUGAAGUCACAGAGUCCACGGAGAGGUUGAGCGUGGACAGUAACAAUUGCCAGAGUGACAGCUGCGAGUGUGAUAGAAUACAGAGUGAAGUCAAAAUACAUAGCAAGAGGUACGGCCGGGGAGCAGUAGAAUCAGGUUUAACACAUGAAUGUGGCGUUUUCGGUGCGAUCGGCACAGGAGAAUGGCCGACCCAAGUGGACGUAGCGCAGGUUAUAUGCCUCGGACUUGUCGCACUACAGCAUCGAGGUCAAGAGUCAGCGGGUAUCGUGACAUCGGAGGGCAAAAGCGCGCGUACCUUCAACACACACAAGGGCAUGGGCCUUAUCAAUAAUAUUUUUAAUGAUGAAGCUAUGAAGAAGUUAAAGGGAAACCUCGGGAUUGGCCACACGAGAUAUUCGACAUCAGCGGCGUCAGAAGAGGUGAACUGUCAACCUUUCGUGGUUCAUACAGCGCACGGAGCCCUGGCUGUUGCACACAAUGGCGAGCUCGUUAACUGUAGCAGUUUACGAAAGAUGGUGCUGGGCCGGGGCGUGGGGCUGUCCACCCACUCGGACUCGGAGCUGAUCACGCAGGCGCUGUGCCUCAACCCGCCGGAGGGCGAGACCGCCGGGCCCGACUGGCCCGCGCGCAUCAACCAUCUCAUGAGACUGGCUCCUCUAAGUUAUUCCCUAGUAAUAAUGCUCAAAGAUAAGAUAUACGCCGUGCGCGAUCCAUACGGCAACAGACCGCUGUGUCUGGGCAAAAUAUUACCGUUGGGUUCAUCUUAUGUCUACAAAUCUUCCUCAUCGAAGCAUGCGGCUGUCCUCAUGAAUGGUUGUACGAAGAACGGAGUGGACGACAAGGCUGAAGGUUGGGUUGUUUCGUCUGAAUCCUGUGGAUUCCUUUCUAUUGGCGCCCGCUACGUGCGCGAGGUGCUGCCGGGCGAGAUCAUCGAGAUGUCGCGGCACGGCGUGCGCACCGUGGACGUGGUGGAGCGGCCGGCCGGCAAGCACCAGGCCUUCUGCAUCUUCGAGUACGUGUACUUCGCUAGAGCCGACAGCAUCUUUGAGGGUCAGAUGGUGUACUCGGCGCGGCUGCAGUGCGGCCGAAUGCUGGCGCGCGAGUCGCCCGUGGACGCCGACAUCGUGUCGUCCGUGCCCGAGUCCGGCACCGCCGCCGCGCACGGGUACGCCCGCCAGUCAGGUAUACCGUUCAUGGAGGUGCUGUGCAAGAACCGCUACGUGGGCCGAACGUUCAUCCAGCCGUCGACGCGCUUGAGGCAACUAGGCGUGGCCAAGAAGUUCGGAGCGCUCUCCGAGAACGUACGCGGGAAGAGGAUAGUGCUUAUCGAUGACUCCAUCGUGCGGGGGAACACUAUCGGGCCGAUUAUUAAGUUGCUGAGAGAUGCUGGGGCUGCGGAGGUCCACAUCAGGAUAGCGUCCCCGCCACUCAAGUAUCCGUGCUACAUGGGCAUCAACAUCCCCACUCGUGAGGAGCUCAUCGCUAACAAGAUGGACUCCUUCAAGCUCGCUGAACAUGUUGGCGCGGACAGUCUCGAAUACUUGAGUGUGGAGGGUCUGGUUAGUGCAGUUCACUAUAACAUGAAAGUGGCGCCCAGCGACGGGGUGGGAGGCCACUGCACCGCCUGUCUCACCGGAGACUACCCCGGAGGCCUGCCCGACGACGUCGACUGGUGAAAUUUAGUUAUUUAUUUAUUAUUUGUCCAUACAAGCUUACAGAACUUUGCUCCAGACACAAGUCAUACAAAAAAAAUCUAAUUAUAUCAAAAUAAAGAAAAUAAUUACAAAUGUGGAAAUUGACAUAAGUAUACAAUAGUUCAAAAUAGAAUAACUAAAAUUUAGAUUUUACAAUGUCAAUAAAAAUACAUUAUUGUCA